CGCAGCUUCAGCCUGGAGUCGCUACGACUGGACCGCAAUGAAGAGAUAAAUAGCAGCCUUAUCUAUUUAUUUUAUAAGUACUACGGGUCUCAUUCAUUCAUAACGGAGAGACGGUGGCCGGCGGGGAAAGUCGCUGACGCGCUCGGCCGCUUCAGAGGGCUGCCUGGAAGAAGAAUGGAUGAGACCCACCACUAGCAGUUUUUGAUUGACUCUUCAAGCGGAAUAAUGGAGGGUAGUGAUGAUGUGACUCAGCCGCAGACUGACGUGUGCAGCUCUGAGGUGAGAGGAAGUGAAAUCACCAGUAAAGUGGAGGAUGGAGCCACUCCAGUGAUCCCUGCUGACUCCUGUGACAGCAGCACCACAGGACUGAGCAAAGGAGGCCUCUCUAACCUGGUGGAGCCUCCUGCUCCGUCAGUGGUGACUCCCACUGCAGAGUCUCCAGGAGGGGUGUCGCUUAAAGUCGCCACAACUGUGCUGCACCCAGUGUGUCUGGGAGAGAGCCCACUGAUGCUGCCCAUUCACCUCCAGAUGGCUGGAGCCGCUGGCCCUCAGCUCGGCCAAAUGGGGGCAGCACCGUACUUGAUAACGAGCCAAAGCCCCGUUUCACUCCCCCUGGUCUUGGAUCAGCAGGUCAUUCAGCACAUGAGUCCUUCUGUGAUUCCUCAGACCACUAACUGUCCUCAGCUGCCGCUCCAGAAUAACGUCCUGUGUCAGAACCCCUUGACGUUUGGUUUACCUCCACCUGUCGACCAGAAGUCAGUGGGACAAACGCAGGAGGCUAACCUGCUCUCUCUCCUCCAGAAUCCAGCUUUUGCGGCCAUCUUGCAGGACCUCUUUCCCUCCCAGGCUGGUUCAUCAACCUGUCAGUCACCAGGCUCCAACUUCUUCCCCCUUCCUCCCCUCACACCUCCCUACACCUCCCCUCUGGCCCCAUUAGUCCCUCCUGCCACACUUCUAGUCCCCUACCCCGUCAUCAUCCCGCUGCCAGUGCCUCUGCCCGUCCCUCUCCCCAUCCUCAUUCCUGUCCCUCAGACUGAGGACUCAAAGGGGAGCAUGCCAAACCCAGUUUGCACAGUGAGUAAAAGCACUCAGACUUCUCCAAAAGAUACUACCUCUCCUUCACUGUCUUCAAGCAAAUGCCUGCCACUGUUCCAGCCACAAAAUGUGUCCCCGUCCUCACUUCCUCCAGAUGAAGGACAGGCAUUAGAUCUGUCUGUCAGGGCAUGUCCAGUAGAACCAAAACAGGAAUACCCCAGCCUACAGCAGGACAGUGUGCUCGACCUGUCAGUGCCUGGUGUGAGGAAGAAGUGUGUUCAGUCGUGUAGCUCCAGCAGCUCACCAGGACGAGACAGAGAUUCAGCCUUCCAGUCCAGUCAGGAUACGAGUGGUACUUCGUUGUCUCUGGGGGUCGAAUGCUCUCAGAGCUUAGAUUCCAAACUCCUGGGAAGUCUGGCUUCCCUGGAGUUCAGCCGGCAGCACAAGUGGGUGGUUGACAGUAAUGCGGGUGGGUCUAGCUCUGUAGGUCAGGAUGCGUCUCUCAGCGGCCCUGGAAACCUUGAAAUAGUCAGUACCUCACAAACGGCCAAGGUCAUCGUCUCUGUGAAGGACGCAAUCCCUGCCAUCCUGUGCGGGAAGAUAAAAGGUCUCUCGGGGGUCUCCACCAAGAACUUCUCCAUCAAACGGGACGGCAGCCAGGGGGCGUCUCUGCAGCAGCUCUACAGAGUGCCGUCAGCAUCCCAGGGCGAGCAGCAUGACCCCAAUGACCCGCUUAAAAAGGUCCCUAAAAACAGAGCCAUCAAACUGAAGAAGGUCAGCUCACAGGAGAUACACUUCCUUCCCAUUAAGAAGCAGAGACUGGCAGCGCUGCUCCCCAGGAAGUGAGGGCGCUCGGCGGAGGGGGAUUAAUUGUUGGACCGCUCUUUGGUAAUCCCUCCAGAGCGUGUAACGUAAAACACAUGUGGGGACAUUCUGUAAUCAAACUCAUACACUUACAUUUCCAAUCAAAGCUUAGAGUUUGGCUCCAAAUGUUGCUGAAACUGAGGCUCAUGAAUGUGACACUGAGGUUCCAGAAAGCUGAACGGCUGUGUUGUUAUGUAAUGCACUACUCUGGAGUGUUAUACUAAACCAUAAAUGUUGUUUUGUGUAUGGCAGCUUAAUGGGCUCUCCAUGUGGCUUUGGAGUUUCUCUUUAUAAUUACAGCAGAGACACAUGGGUUCCAUUUUUCCUUUUGGGUCAUGGUUUGUUUCCAUGUGUCAUUUUUCUGUAAGUGCACUGAAGACCCCAAAAAGCCGAUAGUCGAGGUUCUUGCUGUUUGGAGCGGAGCAGUGUUCACCGGCAGGAUGUGACUGAGACUGUUAAACCAUGUCCCAUCAUCAUCAUCAUCAUCACAAACUUCCGUAGUCAUCAGUAGCUCACUGGAGCGACAUGCUCUUUUCUGAUUGGCAGGGGUUUAGCAUGAUGGGCUAAUAAGGAGUUGGCAAAAUCAACGUUGGCAACAAUGUACAUUCUUACUUUGUUAAACAGCAGGAAAAAAGGGAUGUCUUAAUUGUUUUCAUAUUGAAACAACACUACAGGCCUGGCCAAAUAUAUUAAGACAUUUCUGGAAAGAACUAUUUUUGUCUGUGUAUACAACACUAUGCCCCCCCGGCUGUUUCCACUAACAGACUUAUGGACUGAAUCUAGGUGGAAACGAUAUACAUCAACUUAAAAUGUGAAGGUUAAGAUGAAGUAGAAGGGAACAGCCACACUGAAGAAAUGAUGAGCGUUUCCUUGGCUUCAGUGAGAGAAAAUACUGCUCAUAUAUUUGUUAAAGUGUGUGUUAGUCUGUUAUUAGAGCCAGAACCCCCCCCCCCCCCCCAUCAAAUAUUUCAGUGUAAGACAUUUGUUCCAAGUAGUUUGGUGUCAUCUUCAGUGUUUGGUGGAGCAUGGUGUUUUCUCUCUGUCCCAUGAUUCUGAUCAGAUGUGAAUGUGCAGAGUGUUUGUCGUGUGUCAGUUCAUUUUUACUGAGUGCACUUCGUCAUAGUUUAGUUUAAACGUUACAUGGUGUCCUACCUAUUCUACUAAGACUGUUGCCCCUUUGUGAUUACAGUGAAAAUCUGUGAAUUACAGGCCAAGAACUAAUAACAGCCAUAUGCAGACUGUCUGGAUGAACAGAGGAGGGAUGGAAAAUACAUAAAGCUCCACUUUUUUACCAAGUCUUUAUUUAUAGUGAUGUGCUUUAGUACAUCUUUAACUAAUGUCUGCAGUCCAUUCAACAGAAAGCUCUUUUUCCCACCGUGAGGUAGUUUGAAAUGUUGUAGAGGAUUUCACCCUAAUUUAUUCUCUGUAACUUUUAUUUAUACAGUCUGUGUAUAUACUGGACGGUCAGUGAGGAGACAGAGUGUGACUGGAUUUAAAAAAACAGCUUCCUUUUGUACCUGUCAGUCUCCUGAAGCACCUUUUGCUUAUGAAAACUUUUGUUUGAAUUGAGAUGUUGGUGAAGAAACAGUUGAAAUGCUGGCAGUUAAAUGUUUGCUUACUGUACAGUACGUGUGCUUUUUUAUAUGGAAGUGAACUAAAAUGUCCCAAGCUCUAAA